CCUGUAAAGUGCGGGGAGUGAAGGAAGCUACUCCAAAAAAGAUCCGCGAAUCGAACCAGGUUUGAACUUUUCAGCUUUUCAACUUCAACGUCCCACGUUGCGCCAUUAAUCCUCGAUACCUUUACUUCCCAUUUAUCUCUAAUGCGUUGAGAUUUUCACUGCAUAUCUCUGUCGCCAUGAUCAAGGCUCCUAAAGCACCUUUUAUGUGCCUUCAAUGCCAUUUGGUUCGGCUUCCCAAAAGGCAACGACUCCUCCGUGAUUUCACAACAACACGUCUACUCUCUAGCUCUAGCCGUAGAUAUAACUCCACGACUAGCACAGACAGUGCCAAUUCCAAAUCCAAUGACAUCCUCAUUCAAUCGCGACCCCCAACCGCCCCAAAGCCUAAUAUAGAUAUCAAACACAUCCGGGGGAACCCCUCGUUGUACAAAAAAAACUGCAAAGAGCGGAAUUAUAAGGCCCAGAGCGCAUACCCCUCGCGCAUAAUUGAGUUAUUCGCGCAAUUGCAAGCCAGCCGGAUAGACAGCAGGAGCCUGCGCGAACGAGGCAACGCUCUGCGCCGGCAGAUAGCGGCAACCAUCCAACAAGAGGACGAAGAGACGGAAUCGAAGUCUAAGUCGGGAGAGACACCCGAUGGCACAACCCCAGACGGCGACAUCAAAUCCAUGAGCAAAGAGCAACUCAUCGAAAAAGCGCGCAUCGUUAAGAAAAAGCUCUCGGCGAUCGUAGCAGACGAAGACCGCUACAAAGCGCAGGCGACCGAGCUCGCGCUCGCGAUCCCGAACCUGACGAGCGCUCAGACGCCGCGCGGCGACGAGCCCCGCGUCCUGAGCUUCAUCAACGACCACCCGGAGCCCGAGCCCUCGUCGUCGGACCGCGUCUGGCGGUCGCACGUGCACAUCGGGUCCGAGCUCGGCAUCCUGGACUUCGCGGGCGCGGCCACGACGUCCGGGUGGGGCUGGUACUUCCUCGUGGACGAGGGCGCGCAGCUCGAGCAGGCGCUCGUCAACUACGCGCUCGCCGUCGCAACGAAGAAGGGGCUGGGCUGGCGCCAGGUGUCCCCGCCGAGCAUCGUGUACAGCCACAUCGGCGCGGCGUGCGGGUUCCAGCCGCGCGACCAGAACGGUGAGCAGCAGAUCUACGCGCUCAAGGGCCAGCCGGAGAAACCUGAGCUCUGCCUCGCCGGCACGGCGGAGAUCCCGCUCGCGGGAAUGAAGGCCGACUCCGUCCUCGAGGAGGCCGACGUCCCGCUCAAGCACGUCGCCGUGUCGCGGUGCUACCGCGCCGAGGCGGGCGCGCGGGGCGCCGACACCAAGGGCCUGUACCGCGUGCACGAGUUCACGAAAGUGGAGAUGUUCGCGUGGACGCGGCCCGAGUUGGCCGCGACGAAGGACGUCUUCAACGAGAUGCUCGGCCUGCAGAAGGAGAUCCUGCGGGGGCUCGGCCUGCACUGCCGCGUCCUCGAGAUGCCGACGGCGGACCUCGGCGCUUCUGCUUACCGCAAGGUCGACAUCGAGGCGUUUUUCCCGAGCCGCCGCGACCCGGAGCACGUCGGGGGCGAGCGCGAUGGCUGGGGCGAGGUUACGAGCGCGAGCGUGUGCACGGAUUACCAGACGCGCCGGCUCGCCACGCGGCUGAGGACGGCAAAAAAGAUGACGUAUCCGUGGACCGUGAACGGGACUGCGCUCGCUGUCCCGCGUGUCUUGGCCGCUGUGCUGGAGAACGGCUGGGAUGAGGCGGAUAUGAGUGUGACUAUACCCGAGAUCCUGCGGCCGUGGAUGGGUGGGAGGGAGAAGAUUGAGAUGAAGCAUCGACGGCAGUAGGGGGUGGGUAGGUAGGUACAUGCAUACAUGCAUGCAUACGUACAUACGUACAUAGGGAAGGAAUAGGUUCGUUAGUCACCUUUACCUGAAUAAAAGCUUGAUUGUGGUUGAAUAGUAAUGGCGAAGUGGGCAAACAUUGUGUAAAUUACAUAUCUCCUAAAACAACGACGGGAAGGCGGAGCAAGGCAUGAUGCACAUAGCACGAAUUACAGUAUCUACAUCUCUUAUGGAGCAAACGAAUAACACAAGGGCAAUGGCAACAGUAAAAGGGGGUAAGUCACUUGAACGUCGCUCAUAUGAAAAAUAAUGGAAAUAUCGUUCGUCGUCA